AUGACGUUGCUAUGGAAACUGCUGGUCCUGCAGUCACUCGUGGGGUGCCUUGCAGAUGUGGGGGUCCUGCAGAGUCCGGUGUUCACCAAGCAGCCCGGCAGUAUCGUGUACCCGGUGGAGACUGUGGAGAAGAACCGGGAGGUGGUGUUCAGUUGUGAAGCCCAGGCCAGCCCUCCACUCAGCUACAGGUGGAAACUGAAUGCAACAGAAAUAAAACCUGGAUCUCACUACAGUCUUUCUGGAGGGAAUCUGCGAAUCAGCCACCUGAACAGGGACCAGGACGCGGGGACUUACCAGUGCCUCGCCACAAACUCCUUUGGGACCAUCGUGAGCCGAGAGGCCAGCCUAACGUUUGCAUAUUUGGAACACUUCAAGACCCAAAGAAGAAGCUCUGUGUCCGUGCGGGAAGGCCAGGGAGUGGUGCUGCUGUGUGGGCCGCCUCCUCAUUCUGGAGGUUAG